CUCAUCGGCGCUCUCUGCUUACCAGGGUGUUAUUGUAUUGCAGAGUGAGCAUUGUUGCAAUACCGAUCCUAUCCUUCACCUCAGUGGCUCUCAACCAGGGGUACUCAGCGGUCUUCCAGGGAGCACAUCAACUCUUCUAGUGAUUUGCCUAGUUUUACAACAGGCUACAAAAAACCCACUAGCGAAGUCACUACGAACUAAAAUCUCAUCCAGACAAGGACUGGUUUAUCCUGCUCUAUAUACUACCCACUGCAAUUGGGCUAUUUCAAGCUGACAGUGUCCAUCUGAUGAUGGGGAACAUGUGAAUAAAUGUCAAUAGGACAGAGCCUUAAGAAGCCAGCUGCAACAUCACAUUCUACCAGAACUAUUCUGUUAACAGAAUGUGAUUUGACAAUUUGGAAUUCUUGUUUACCACUGGCUUCAGCCGUCCCCCUCCCAGAGAUGAACAUGGUAAGCAGCCCCACAUAAGGCAUUGACCACUUUCUACGCUGCCUGACCAACUUGCUUUGGAACGAUCUUUCUUUGGGGUGGGAUGCCUAGACAUUUGAUGUUGGACUUUUCAGAAAUGGCAUCUGAAAUCUCACCAAAGUGCGGACUUGAGAGCUUCGAAAGAAGUGGGAGCUUGGAGAGUCGAAGCAGCCACUCUAGGUGCAGAAAUUUUACCUUGGAUGAUGAAAGUCUCCAAUACCUAACCCAUGAGGAGAAGGAUGUUCUCCUGUUUUUUGAAGAAACCAUUGAUUCUUUAGAAGAUGACUUGGAAGAACAGGUCCUACAUGACAGCAGUAUCCACUGUCACUCCCCAAGAUCAACGGAUGAAAAUGCUUCCAGCCAUUCAGAAUCUGAAGAGAUCAUUGACUUGGUGCAAUCAACCCCUGAAAACAGUGAUCACAAGUGUACUCUGAACAGAGAAGUAGCACCAGUGUCAGAGGCUGCCAGGAGAACAGAUGGUCCUAUGCCAGAGGGCAAUGAGCUUCCUGAGAAGAUUCCACCUCCCGAUGCUCCCCCAAGCCACCCUUCAGCUCCUCCACUGAUGAGCGAUGAGAAAGUUCUUGCUCCAUACCCCGUGCAGCACCCCAAGCUUCAUCAUGCCAUCCCUACUCCACUUAUCUUGGCUCAGAAAAUGUCCGAGAAGCAAGAUGAGACAAGGACAUGCUCUCCCACUUCCCCCAAGGAGGGGAAGCCUGUGGAGAGGAGAGAAGCCUCGGUGCAGAAUGGAGACUGUUUCCCAGCCCUUAAGCACCCUCCGCUGCCUGCACCCAAAUCCUACCGGUUUCCAAGUAAUAUCAAUAUAACCAAUGCAGGUGGGAAGGAAUUCAACCAAACUAUCUCUAAGGCAGCAGUCAAUGUUCAGGUGCGCAAGGCCCAGGUACUGGCCAACAUGAACGGAGCAGCCUUUGGGACAGCUGAAAUAGAAGAGAGGUGGCAGAAGAAUGAGGUCUUGGUUCGCAGCAGAAGCUCCUCCUUAAGAGAUCUAACUUCUGAGCAAACACGAUACGACGCUCUGACGAAACUAGGCCUGGCAAAGGGAAGGCCAAGUCUGAUCCAACAAUAUCGUGCCCCAAACACACACAAGAUACAGGACUUGCAGGAAGAACAGGGAGAGACUGUUCCUAAUGGGUAUCAAAAUAUCCACGCAACCUUAAAAUGCGAUCCCAGCCCUUUCCUUCCUGUGGGCAAGACCGUGAAGAUCAAACCAGACACAGCUCUCACCAGGGACAAGGUGGCUCAACAGAAUGUUGCCAAAAGCUUUUAUGACCAUGGGCAGCCUGACUUAAAUCUGGAGAUGAGAAAGAGGUCAGGCUCACUGCCUAGACCUUCGGGAUUUCGACCCCAGGGGAUAACAGUACAGUUUUCCGGCCGAGGCUCAACGGAAGAAGCCAGGAAAGAGGCUCUUCGGAAACUGGGGCUGCUGAAAGAGACGAUGUGAAAAUCUGACAGGACCAUCCUGACACCUGGGGGCAAGCGAAUGGAUUGGCUUUGUGUUUGGAGCAGUCAAACAGGAACAGGUGUAAAAGGAAACUGGGAGAACAAGGGGCAGUUCUCUGCUCCUGCAACCCCAGUAGGUACUAAAUAUUGUACAAUCGCAGGGACUUGCUGUCUUCACACCAAGAGUCGCACCCCAGAGAGUCUGCAGUGGGUUCACCACUACAUCCCACUAAGUUACCCAUCUGAUCAGUGACUUGUGCAGUCUUUCUUUCUAAAGUCCUGGCUGUAGCAGAGGGCAUUGCAUUAAUGAAGUGUUCUGUGCAGUAUUUUUUUAUUGUACGUAGAUGACAAAUCAAAUGGAGGAUUUUCCUUAUGUUGUACCAUUCUGAAGCCAAAAAAGAGUUCCCUGUGUGUGUGUGUAUGAUAUAACUGAAGUCUUCAACCUAUCUCACAAAAUUCCAUGACUUUUCUUUCCUAUGAUAUUUUAUUACCCAGCUCUGCCUUCAUCGAUACAUAACAGGUGUUGGAAUCUUCCUUCUCCUCACUCUCUGCCCAAAAUCUCAGCUCAAGCAUGUCUCUGACUUGUGCCUCUGUACAGAGGGUGGUUUCCUGUUUGGCCUUCUCUCGGACAUAGAGGCCCAGGCUUGGAAUGGGUAACUGAAUUGUUCUGCCACUUAAUUUGAAUGUCACCUCUCCUCCUAAGCAGUUGCUUCUCGAGCAUCUAGCGAUUUAUUGGGUGUACAGUGAAAGGUACCAGCUAGCUCUCAAGGAUAAAUGCAGUGUGUUCAUCGUGUUCCUCUGACAGCCAAAGAGUAACUUGACAAUCAGGAAGCUAAACCUUUAUAUACCAGAAAUGAUGACCAGAGAAGCCAUAGGAACAAGUUAACUUUGUACUCAGAGCCUUCCGUUUAAUGUCUUAUUUUAAACAAGAGUUCAGUGGAGGAAACUUCAUUGUUCUGAAACAGUAGUUCAACUCCACUGAGCAGCUGUGGCUCAGUACUGUUGUUUUUAUUAACUGACCACUUUUUUUUUUCCUGAGUCUUUCCUGUGCUCAUCCCUAUAGUGUGUUGAGAGCCCUAAUUCCCAAUUCAGAGAUGUACCUUUCUUGGCAAAAAUCAGCCUAUCCUGCUAAUGCACCACCAAAGUUAUAACCAGAAUCCUUGUACAUUAAACAGAAUUAAAGGCACUUGUAUUUACCAACACAUGGAGACUUCCAAAACUCUGUCCAGUUGCCACUUUCCUGUGCCCAGCAGAUAGAGUUUAAAGGCGGUGUGAAAAUAUUUAUUUUUAAAUGUUAGAAGGGAUUUAUGUCCCAUAUGGCAAAGUUACUCUUCCUAAACAAAAUACCGGUAACUCAUUUUCUCCUUCCAUACGUAUCCCAAAAUACUUUAAGAAUAGAAGCUAGUUUGGAAUCUAAUGACACAGUAUCUGACUCUAUUUACUCAUCUUUAUUUUUGUACAUUUGUAAGAGGCCCAAAACUUUUAAUUUCUCCUAAAGGGGAACAUAAACCCAGUCUCCCUCUCACACACUUUUAUGUAGCCUGUAGCUUUUUUUUUUUAAUGGCUGAGUUAUAAAUCUUGGAAAAUAAGAGGAGUGGUUACAAUAGAGACUAACAUACCCUCUAUUAUAAAAGUUCUGACAACUGUGAUAAAUAUGUUUCUGUAUUUCCUUGAUAGAAAGUGUUGCUUAAAACUUUGAGUAGAAUUUAUAAAUGAAGCUUUUGUGAAGGAAAAUCUUUUCAGAAUCGUUUACCUGCCUCAUAAGUUAUAAAAUCCUUUUUUUAAAAUUAGUAUUUAAUCAGUUUUUAUAAUUGUAUAUGUUAUGGAAUCUGGCUAGUUUUAUUAUUUAAAUGAGGGAUUAUUUCUUCAGACUUUUAAUACUUUGAUUUGAAAGAUCAUGUUCCCUGUUGUAACAGAUGUAUGUAAGUAAUUUUUUAAAUAGACUGACUAUUCUUCAAGCAAGCAAAGCACUUAGGCACGAGCUUAGUUCAAUACGUGACUAGUUACGUGCUGAACUUUCAGCAUGUAUUUAAGUGCUUUGCAGGAUCUGAGAAUCUGGUCCCAAUUCAGGACGGUAUUUAAGCAUGUGCUUGGGACUUAAAUAAGUGCUUAAGUGCUGUCCUGAAUAUGAGCCUAAGUGAGGGUAAUUCAUUAAACCUAUAAUCUUAACCAUUUUUUAUUUCAAAUCAAAUUUAAGUGUUCCACAGUUUUUAUACAUCAAACUUUUGAAUCCUAGUAAAGAAACACUACAAAUGCCAAACCUGUAUAAAGCAUCUUCACAUUUUAUCACGUUUCUCUCAACAGUAACAAGUAUUGAUCUUGUGCUUAAAUUUUUUUUUUACAGGUGAGAUCACCCUCUUAAUUUAAAAAAGCAUUUUGCUUUAUCCAAGUAUUUCUCUGAGUGAAGCUGAAUUUCAGUAGAUUAGUAAAAUCAUAACAUUUAAAAGUGAAUAAGGUUUUUAAUAUCUUGAAGGUGUAAGAGAUCCCAAAAUCUUGAGUGUUACCUUGUCCUUUCAUUCUUCAAUUAGGGUGGAAUCCUCAGCUGGUGUGAAUUGGCAUAAUUCUAAAAAUACACCAGCUGAGGGUGUGUGGGCCAGUGUAUUUAUUUUGGUAUGCUAACAUACCUAUUACCCCAUUGAUAAAACCUCUCCAGUGUGCCUAAAACUGUAGAAAGUAAAGCCAUGUACUAUAUGUGAAGUUUAUUAUAGCUGCUAAUGAAAUAACUUGUAUAUUAAUGCAAACUCUGUUGUGUAUCAUGUUACUGUGUAUGUAAAUGUUGGGGUUUUAUUUUAAGGUGGUAGUUUGUCUUGCAUAAAUAUCUGUUCUGAAAACCAUAAUGAAUCAGCUGAUUAAACUAACUAGGAUAAAACCCAA